GCUGAAUUUCAUAAGGAAGGACGUGUGGGAAUAAUUUUUUGAUAAUUUUAACUUCGUGUUAAUGUCUGCCAAAUUAGAAGAUGACCACAAAGUUGGCACUUUGGAUACAUUGCUCAGCAGUGCGUAUUGUCGUUCGCAACGUUUUCUCUCCAAGCAAUUGGCUCAGCUUCGCCCUGAACUCUCCAUGUCAAUGUUCUCCGAAAUUACACAUCGCUUCCAGACGGCGAGGGAGGAGGUGCGUGCGCUGUUAAUACAAUGUCUAUUGCCAUGGCUGCACAACAUGGAACUAAUUGCCACAAGUGUUCCUCCAGCAACACCGUUAUCCUACAUUAUGUAUUUCCCCGACUCUGGUACACGUGGACGUAGGGAAGGAACGGGAUCAACGGAGGCCACCGAAAUGAUUUUGAAUAAUCUUUUCUAUAUAACAGCAAAGUUUUCGGAUUCACAUCCCCGUGACGUUGAAGAACUUUGGGGCACACUCUGCCAAUUCUGGCCAAACAACCUCAAGGUCAUCCUACGCUACUUGGUUAUCAUGAGUGGCAUGGCGCCGAAUGAACUUUUACCAUAUGCGAAACGCGUGGCAUUGUAUCUCGCCCGCACUUGCCCCGACCGUCUUUUGGACGAACUAAUGGUAGAACUGCAAACUGUGGAAACGCUUAAUUGCUUAAUUGAACGCACCGAGACACCACCAUUUUAUCGCCUAACAAGCAUGCGGAAAGCUUCCAGCCACUCUGCUGACGGUCAAGCAGUUGGAGGCAUUAAUGACUCACGUAUUCAAGAUUUAAUUGUAGAGAAGGGAACGAUUCACACAAAACGGCACAGUGGCGAAGAUCCUAUCAAAACGGGAACAUGUAAAUCUGAUAGCGGUAUACGCGCCUUCACACAAGCCGCAAAUAAUCGUCCACCACGAGGCGCUGAUAAAAUACGUGCUGCCUCUGGACCAUCGAUAUUACCCCGUCCCGAAGAUAUUUUAAUUAAUGAUGCUGAGCUACGGCAGGAGGAGAACGUAGAGUUGCGAUCCGCAGAUGCUCCUAUGGCACCACAUCCACUGCCCAUGCCGGAGUAUGGUGGAUACUUUGCCCCACUUACUGAAUUUUUACCAGACGCCAGUUUGCCAAUCAGCGGCUUUCACCGCUGCAACGUUGCCGUGAUGUUGUUAACAGACAUUGUUGUCGACGGUAUUCCGGGAAUCGAUUGGACGUUGCAUUUACCAUUGAUGCUGCAUAUUUCAUUUUUAGGUAUAGAUCAUACGCGCGUUAUUGUGCGAGAACAUUGCAAGCAGCUUUGUAUUAAUUUACUGAUCGUUUUGGCUGAGCAUAAUGACCAUCUUACUGUCGCUCGCAUUUUGUUGAACUGCGAAACAAUGAAACUCGACUUGGGGCUAUCGGUGCCAUCCUUGCCGGUAAUAGACAACAUAUUUACAGAAUCACAUCAAGAUUUCGACAGCUAUUUGUACAACGUUAGUCCAUGCAAUUUACCCGUCUCCAAUUCAAGUAUGAUCCAUGCGAUGAGCCAUAAUGGGAACUCUGCUGUAGCUCUGUCGACUGCGAAUAUCCAAAACGUUAAUACAUACUACGCAACAACACAACAGCAACAAGUGCAACACACAAACUUGCAACAACCGCCGCCUCUUGCUGCACAGCUACAGUCGCAAACUCAACAGCUGCAGGUGAUUGGGCAACCACAACAGUUGCAGCAGCAGCAGCAACAACUUCAACCGCUACAACAGCAGCAAAAUCAACAGCAUCAAGUGGUCUUGAAUGUUGGCAACUUGCAAAUAAAUCCAAAUACUUCGGAAAACUCUGAAGUGCCACUGAUAAUAACCGAUGAAAAUGCGCCCCCACAACCGGGCCCCACCAUGCUAAUCUCGCAUGUAAUCAAAAGUUUGUUGCAAUUUCUCGCUCGAGACACCUGCCAACCAUUGUGGAACUACGAAGAUAUCACAGCGAAAGUGUGGAUGGUGAAGUCAGCCGAACAGCUUAGCUGCUUCCUAAAGCACGUGGGGAAGGUAUUCGCCGACAGCUACCCACAGGCCCGCAUUGCCGAGCGCUGGGCGCAAACCGCUCUGCAGCUGGGCUUAUCUUGUUCGUCGCGUCACUACGCGGGCCGUUGUCUGCAAAUAUUUCGCGCCCUCAACGUGCCCAUCAACUCGCGUAUGCUCUCCGACAUACUGUCCCGCUUGGUGGAAACUGUUGCCGAGCAGGGCGAAGACAUGCAAGGUUACGUCACUGAACUACUGCUAACUCUGGAGGCGGCUGUGGACAGUUUAGAUUCCGACUUCCGGCCUCUGGAUGUUAUGAAGGACAUUUUCAAGAGCACUCCGAAUCUGAACAACAAAGAUGGCGGACCAAAUUCAAUUUUACCUGGGAAAAAAUCACCUUCGGGCGGCAUAGCACCACAAUCGCCAAAUUUCUCCGUUCCCAGCCACGCUCGCAGCACAAGCUACUCUGUGACGUACUGCGCCCGAAAAAGCACCAACUCGCCAUGCGAUAAACAAGGUAGGUCGUGCUGGCGUCGCACACUAGUACAAAUGAAGUAUCUACCGCAAAGAAAAUCGAAAUUCAAAAGUUGAAAUAAUACAAAAAAUGUUAAUUCAACAAUUUUAUAAUG